CAGGUGCUGGACAGUAAUCGUAGCCAGCCAGUGUUUGGCAUCUGUAUGGGAAACCAGCUGACUGGAUUGGCUGCUGGUGCAAAGACCUAUAAACUGCCUCUGGGAAACAGGUUACUGUUAACUCUUGUGGAAAUUCAUUCAGCUAGGAAAGAUCAAAAUUAAUAAAUUUAGAUAGUUCUUUUAACAUCAGGGCUGUACCCUAGAAGUGCCCAGAGGCCCCAGGUGGCUUAUUUUUGUGACUAGGAAAUCUUCCUUUUUUCACGGAAAUUGUAUUUUGGGCACUGACGAUUUCUCAGAUUCAGAACGUUGGGCUCUGUAGAAUUUUUUCUUAGAGCACAGCCUUGAACAUAGCAAAAAAAUGGUAGGAUUAAAAAUUAUUACUAGGUUACUAUUAACAUGGAUAUGAUUCUGGGCUGGUACUGAUGUUUGCUUGCUGUCUACAAAACAAAAACUGACUAUCAAUUUUCUCUCCAGAGGACAUAAUCAGCCAGUUAUUAACCAGCUAAGUGGAGAGGCAUUCAUCACUUCGCAAAAUCAUGGAUUUGCCAUUGAUGAGGCUUCACUCCCAGCAGAGUGGAACUCCCUGUUUAUAAAUGCCAACGACAAGACAAAUGAGGUACAAGAAACCUAAGCUUGUAGUAUCUUUGAUUAAAAACUUUAUUUUUGCUGUUGUAAACGGGAGUUGAUUUCGUGGCCAACAGAUAAGUGUCAACUGUCGACUGCUUGAACAUCUCUAGACGUGGCCGGUUUCGGGCUAUCAAUUUUCUAAGAGACUUUGCACACACUCAAGUCCUGAUCACAUUCACAUUCAUCGUUUAUUGCUAAAUCAAGGUACUUUUAUACAUAUUGGAAGCUAAAUCAUACGUGGGAAAAUAUAGUAGGGAAUGCAUGUGGUUUCCUUUCUAGUAAACACCCUAAUUUGAUUGAAAGCUUAAAACACUAUUACACCUACAUUACUUACGUAAAUCCUGAGCGGCUAGGUUUGAGUAAUCAUUCCAUCCUACACAAAAUCUUAUUAGUUUAAAGGGUGUAGCUUGUAGCUUUUACGUUAUUCCGAUCGGAAGGCACAUCUAACUAUCUACUUUACACGAUGCACAUUUUUGCAUGCUUGCUUACACAAUAGGGAUCAUAUUUCCGGUUCCUAUCAAGCUAGUAAUUGAUCUAUUGUUCACUCAAAAUUAACAAGUCAGGAUUCAUUGUACAAAGUGUCACAAAUUCCUUAACUUUACUACAUUGCCAACAAAGAAAUCUAACAGGGCGUGGAGUUUUAUUAAUGUGGUGAGAGGCAGGGGGUAGGGGGUGAAGGACAAGGGUUGAAAGGUAAGAGGGGAGGGGUAGGGAAUCUGAGGUGAAAGAUAGGGGUAAAAGGUCCCUACCCCUCACACCGUAUCCCCGACCCCUCACCCCAUAGCCCUUACCCCUUGCCCCCUUAAAAGAUCUGCAAAUCCAACAGAAAUAAACAUUUACCUCUUUGAGCACACAGAUUAUAAAAGAUUGUGAUAUUUACUACUAAAUUAGUGUUAUGCUUUUAGGGAAUCAUGCAUACUGAGAAACCAAUAUUCACAGCCCAGUUUCAUCCAGAAGCAUUUGGUGGACCUACAGACACUGAG